CAAGCCCAGCUCGCCAGUUGUCGGUAUAACGUCCGUGAGUGUACUAUAACUAGCGGUGUUUAGUGAUUUAGAGUGAAAAAAUGCGUUCGAUUUUUUUCUUCGAUUCAAGCCACAAAUUAGCGCUGCUAACUUUUUUAGCGCUCUCUAGCCAGUGGCAAGUGCUUGCGGUCGAUUUUCCUGCUCCCAUAACGAAAUGUCACUUUGGCGAUGAAAAAUGCAUGAUCGAGCAGGGGCAAAAGUUAUUGAAUAGAGCUGCCACUGGCAUACCCGAAUUGGAUAUACCCAGUAUAGAGCCGCUGGUGGUGGAGAAGAUCGAAAUGUUGGGCGAUAAGAAUAGCGCAUUAAAAGUGGACUUGGUGAUGACAGAUGUGAAGUUCCACAACUACACAAAACCUAAGAUAACCACGAUUAAAGGCUUCACCAAGGACCUCAGCAAGCCGAUGAAAAUUGUAACGCAAAAUAUCAAUCCACGCUUAACUAUUAAAUCCAAAUAUAAAGUCGAUGGAAAUAUACUCGUUUUGCCCAUUAAAGGCGAGGGUGAAUUGACAUUGACACUGGACAAUGUGAAGACUCGCUUCACCACCACACUUCAUGCCGAGCAACGCGAUGGAAAACAAUUUUUGAUCAUCGAUAAUAUAAAAAUCGAAACACAAGUGGACAAAGCCACCACCGACAUGACAAAUCUGUUUAAUGGCGACAAAGCGCUCUCUGAAAGCAUACUGAAAGUAUUGAACGAGAAUUGGCGUGUACUCAGCGAUGAGCUUACUCCAAUAAUCAACGAGGCUGUGGCCAAUAAACUUAAAGAGGUGAUGGCAAAAUUCUUCAAGGAUAUACCAUAUGAGGACUACUUUUUACCGGAGUAAAUUAGAUAAUUACAGUGAAUGUUGAAUAAAUAAGUAGUAGAAUAUUUCAAAGAAGAUUUUUUUCCAAUUAAAAGUUGAUAAACAAA